CCCACGUGUGAGCUGCGUCAGAUCUGGACACAUUGAAACUAAAUGUCAUUUCCUGGCGGAGUUGAUUUCAGCACACACACACACACAAGAACUUUAACAAAGAUCGAUGCUGUGUCCGUUGCUGAGAAAUGGAGUGUCAGUGUGAAAACAACGCUCAGGAUGCCUCUACUGGGUGGUUCCAGAGCGGCAGCAAUGUCCAGAUGGGGACUUUCGCUGUGGUGGGCUAUCUUCUCUACAGAUUUUCACAAACUCUCCCAGCCCUGAUCCGAUGGCCGAUCCGUUUCUUCUGCUACAUAACUGGUCUGUCAGCUCUGUGGGGCUGGGUGAGCCGCCUGAUUGGAACCCUCCGUGUAAUCAAGAACCUGGUAAAAUGGCUUUCCCGAACGUGGCGUUUUCUAGUUGCAUUUUCCUCCAAGUUCCAGUGGACGGUUCCCAUCAUCAGAGCUAUUACAGGAUCCUAUGACACCACAGAGAAGUUGGAUUUGAGGCUGAUCGUCCUGGGGCCCAGCGGAGGAGGAAGAACCUCCAUAGCAGAUACUUUGUUAGGCGGCAACAAGACAAGAGCAUCCACGGAUCCUAUAAAGCAGAGCACCAAGCGGACUGCAGUUGUGGACGGUAGAGAGAUAACAGUGAUUGAACCCCCAGAUAUUUUAGGGACAUCUCUGGGGAACACCAGUCGGGCCAGGGAGGCCUUAAGGAGUCUGCAGCUCAGCAGUCCUGGUCCACAUGCCUUUCUGCUGGUGAUCCGAGCUCCAGGCUCCGGCAUGUCAGUCGACCAGGACCCCACCCAAGCUAUUCAAGGCACCCUUGAGCUGUUUGGAGAGGGAGUCACGGGAUACAUCAUUCCAGUGCUCACUCAUGCAGACAGGCUGGGACGAAGACGCACUGUGGAUCAGCUGCUGGAGGCGGAUUCGGGGGAGCUGAAACGAGCUUUGUCUCUAUGUGGUCAGAGACCAGAGCUUGUGGACAACAGGCCUGACCUUCCGCCUGAAGCACAGACUGAUUUGUGCAGAAAUUUGGUGGAUCGUGUGAUGGAGAUUAAGACUUUUAGGGGGCAUUUUGUUCAUGAGGUGCACAGGAGGGAGGACUACCUGAGGGAGAGGCUGCUGGAUGACAUGUCCUCGGCACUGGCUAAAAAACUGGGCCAUAUGUAAAUAAGGGGACGACAGAACUGGAGAUGUUGGUGUUUGAAAAUGAAAAAUUAUUAUUGUACUUGGGACUCUUUAUAUAUAUAUAUAUAUAUAUAUAU